AUGCGGUUAUGCAAUUUUAUGCAUCUGGUGCCGUUGGUUCAACGGACCGUGAGUUACAGCACCGUGCACCGUUGCAACGCCGACUUGGUCACCCUUUUGCAUAGCUAUCGCGCAUCUAACUUUCGUAUACGGUCAACACUAAGCCAUGUUUCUUCCUAUUGUUCUAUCCGACGUUCAAUUACACUCCGCAGCAGCGAACCUUUGCUGGCGAGCAAACGAACCAUCAGUGCGGAAGAUGAGGAAGCUUCAAAUUCACCCGUGAAAGUUACCAAAAAGGCAAAACGAUCACGAGUCGUUUCGAGCAGCAGUGAGGACGAACAAGAUCGCAAAGAACUCGUCAAAGCAAAGAGCAACAAAGACAACAAAGAGAAGAAAACUCCCUCUCCGAAAGCUGUAAAAGAAGAGUUCUGUUCUGUUAGCGUAAAAAAGGAAACGAAAAUACAAACAACUCCAAAGAAGGAAACCGUUGCUGCAAAGGGGAAGAAAGGUGGCAAGAAGGCUUCACCCACAACGAAGCCAAAGUCGCCAGUUAGUGUCGUAAAGAAGGAGGAAAAUGCAUCACCCAACAAGGAUGAAUCCGCAUCGAAGAAAUCUGAUCCACCCAAACCGGCCGCUAAUGGUUCCGGAGGCACCGGUGCUGCACGAUCAUUUUUCUUCUCGGUCAAAAAGCAAUCGGAUGAUUCGGAAAGUGUGAACGGAGGUGCACCGUCCAAUGAUGGAGCGAAGUACGAUCCAUCGAAGAAAAACUAUCACCCAUUGAAGGAUGCAUUCUGGAAAAAGGAUGAACGUGUUCCAUAUCUAGCACUGGCACGUACGUUUCAAAUGAUCGAAGAAACGAGCGGUCGUCUCCGGAUGAUUGAGAUCUUAUCGAACUAUUUCCGCUCGGUGAUACUGCUCAGUCCGAAAGAUUUGCUCGCCAGCGUGUAUCUGUGUCUGAAUCAGCUCGCUCCUCCCUACGAAGGGGUAGAGCUUGGUAUAGCAGAAUUUUCCCUCAUGAAAGCAAUUGCGCAGAGCACGGGACGUAGUUUGGCACAGAUAAAGGCGGACGCACAGACAACUGGUGAUUUGGGACUUGUAGCAGAACAGUCCAAGAGCAGCCAGCAUCUAAUGUUCCGUCCGGCGCCGCUUACGGUGGACGUCGUGUUUGGAAAGUUGCGUGAUAUCGCCUCGAUGACGGGAUCUACGUCGAUGGCCAAGAAAAUGGACAAAAUCCAGUCAAUGUUUGUCGCCUGUCGUCACUCGGAGUCACGCUACGUCAUACGCUCGCUGGCGGGCAAGUUGCGCAUCGGUGUAGCGGAACAGUCGCUUUUGCAAGCACUGGCUCAGGCUUGCGCACUUACACCACCGCAAGCGGAACCGGCUGUGGUAAACGCUCUCGCCGGCGAGUCCGAAACGCGUGUGAAGGCACGGGUGGAAGAGGUAGCGCUAGCAUUGAAAACCGUAUACUGUCAGUGUCCGAACUACAAUCGAAUUGUUCCGGUGCUGCUGGAGCACGGUAUACUGCAGCUAAGCCAGCACUGUCCCAUGCAACCGGGCACACCCCUGAAGCCCAUGCUGGCCCAUCCGACAAAGGGUGUGCAGGAAGUACUACAGCGAUUUGACGGUAUCGAUUUUACCUGCGAAUGGAAGUACGAUGGCGAACGGGCACAAAUACAUCUGCUCACCGAUGGAAGCGUACAAAUAUUCAGCAGAAACCAGGAAAACAACACGAGCAAAUAUCCGGACGUGAUCGCACGGUUAGAGUUUACACGCACCGAUCCGGUCAAGAGCGCCAUCCUGGAUUGUGAAGCCGUGGCUUGGGAUACGGAGAAAAAGCAGAUACUACCGUUCCAGGUGCUAAGCACCCGAAAGCGCAAAGAUGCGAACGAGGCGGACAUCAAGGUGCAGGUGUGCGUGUUUAUGUUCGAUCUGCUGUACCUAAACGGUGAACCGCUCGUCGAGCGACCGUUUGUCGAACGACGGGAUCUGCUGUAUAAACACUUUCGUGAAGUCGAAGGCCAGUGGCGCUACGCGACCCGUCUCGAUACGAGCGAUCUGGACGAGCUGCAGCGCUUCCUGGACGAGGCGGUCCGUGGCAACUGCGAGGGACUGAUGGUGAAGACGCUGGCCCGCGAGGCUACGUACGAAAUCGCGAAACGGUCCCGCAACUGGUUGAAGCUGAAGAAGGACUAUCUGACCGGGGUGGGCGAUUCGCUCGAUUUGGUUGUAAUCGGUGGAUAUCGCGGACGCGGAAAGCGUACCGGAACGUACGGUGGCUUUCUGCUCGCCUGCUACGACGACGAGAACGAGGAGUACCAGACGAUCUGCAAGAUCGGUACCGGAUUUUCCGAUGACGAUCUGCAACGUCAUACGGAAUUUUUCCGCUCACACAUCAUACCGCAGGCCAAACCAUACUACCGGCACGAGUCGAACGUCGUGCCGGACGAUUGGUUCGAAGCGGUCCAAGUGUGGGAGGUACUGUGUGCCGAUCUGUCCCUCAGCCCGGUACAUCGGGCCGGGAUCGGAAUCAUCGAUCCGGAAAAGGGCAUUUCGCUGCGGUUUCCACGGUUCAUUCGCGUGCGCGAGGACAAGGGAGCGUCGGAUGCGACCAACGCACGGCAGGUUUCGGAUAUGUAUCUAAAUCAAGAUCAGAUUAAAAAUCAGACGGGUGGUGCUGCCGCACGAGACGUGGAAGAAGAUUUCUAUUAA